AUGGGGAACACCACCUCCUGCUGCGUCUCCUCCAGCCCCAAGCUGCGCAGGAAUGCCCACUCCCGCCUGGAGUCCUACCGCCCCGAGGCCGAGCUGAGCCGGGAGGACACGGGCUGCAACCUGCAGCACAUCAGCGACCGGGAGAACAUCGACGAUUUGAACAUGGAAUUCAACCCAUCAGAUCAUCCACGGGCCAGUACGAUAUUUCUCAGUAAAUCACAAACAGAUGGAGGUCAGUGUGUGAGAGAAAAACGCAAGAGUCUCUAUAUAAACCACCAUCCUCCUGGGCAGUUGAGAAGGAAGUACAGUUCCUGCUCCACUAUUUUCCUGGAUGACAGCACAGUCAGCCAACCAAACCUCAAGUAUACCAUCAAAUGUGUAGCUCUUGCAAUAUAUUACCACAUCAAAAACAGGGACACAGACGGAAGAAUGCUCUUAGAUAUAUUUGAUGAAAACCUUCAUCCGCUUUCGAAAUCUGAAGUGCCACCAGACUAUGACAAACAUGACCCGGAGCAGAAACAGAUUUACCGCUUUGUCCGGACGUUGUUCAGUGCUGCUCAACUGACUGCUGAAUGUGCCAUUGUCACCCUGGUAUAUCUUGAAAGACUUUUAACUUAUGCAGAGAUAGAUAUUUGCCCAGCAAACUGGAAGCGAAUUGUCCUGGGUGCAAUUCUACUGGCAUCCAAAGUUUGGGACGACCAGGCAGUGUGGAACGUGGAUUACUGCCAGAUCCUGAAAGAUAUCACAGUUGAAGACAUGAAUGAGCUGGAACGUCAGUUUCUUGAGCUGCUGCAGUUCAAUAUUAACGUUCCCUCCAGUGUUUAUGCCAAGUAUUAUUUUGAUUUGCGCUCCCUGGCAGAAGCAAAUAACCUGAGUUUUCCUUUGGAGCCACUCAGCAGGGACAGGGCAUAUAAACUUGAGGCCAUCUCCCGCUUGUGUGAAGAUAAGUAUAAGGACUUCAGGAAAGCUGCAAAGAAACGGUCAGUCAGUGCUGACAAUCUGACUGUGGUUAGAUGGUGCCCUGCUAUUAUCUCCUAA